UUAUGCAGUGGUUUUGUUGCCAGGCUUUCAUAAAACUCACUUGGGUCACAAGCCAGGCUUCAGCGUGAACUCGGCCUUGUGCGGAGGCAAGGACGGAGGACAUCUCUCCCCAGAGAGAUCAACAUAAGGGCGCGUGAGGAAACGGCGGCUCGGCUGGACUUUAAACUGCACGGUGCAGCGCUUUGGAAAGGGCGCCAGCCUUGAUUUAUCCUGUCCCUUCGUGUCUGUAUUUCUGUCUGCUCCCUACUUUUAGGAGAGUGUGCGUGUGUCUUUCUGGGUUUCCGGGGACUAAGCCACGUGUGGUGGCCGCCAAGGUCCCGGCCACAUGACUCUCCGUUCCGGCCAAAUGGCGCUGCCCAGCAGACGUGGCCAUUCUUGUGGCGGGACAACUGAGCACGUGACCCUGGCCAAGGUUUCCCAGACCCGUGACCAAAGUGCCAAAUGCUAUGUGUGUCAAGAACCGGGCCACUGGACACGGAACUGCCCAGGGAAGAUUGGCCCUGUCCGGCCAGCGCAGCAGCAGAAGAGCUGUAGCAGGUCUGGAACCUCGGGUGAGCAAUCAGUGUGGCAGCAAGAAGUCCUCAGGGUACUAAUGUCUCUGAACCAAGCGUGCCACCUCCAGGGCCACCAGCGCCUGAGCCACCUCGACUUUCGCCAUCCUGGGCCCUGAGCGGACAACCCCUCCCCACAGAGUAGGAAGGGUGUGGACCCAGAGCCCCACUUCGUCCUUUUGCCAGCAGGAAGCAGCUAGAGAUGUUGUCGCCCAGGACCCCAAAGAUUUGGCUCCAUACUUCUUCAGGGGGGAAAUACUAGGUUCAAGCUCCAGGCCAGGAAGGGGUGGUACACCUAGGUGGGCGUUGCACCUGGACUGACCCAUCUAAACCAGGUGAAUUUGGUUCAGCCAAUGGGGUCCCCCAGUAUCGUCGACCAUGCCUCCCUACGGUGGGCCCUGAAAAGCCUGAAGUUUGCUCUCUGGCUCUCUCCCAGUGGCUGCUACACAGUGCAGCGCGGCCCGGCCACCCUCCUGCACUGUGCCGCAGACUCUGUCUGGCUUGUGUUCCAUUUACUGUAAAACCUGAAACUACUUUUAACUUUCAUAAA